AAAACCCUAUCUCCUACCUCGCUGCAAGUUGCUUAUAAAAACCCUUUAAACCCUUUCCCCGUCUCCGCCUCCCUCACUCUCACAACUCCCACGAAGUCUUUCUCUCCACUUGAAACCUCAAAACCCUUUAAGCUCUCUCAUCUAUCGUCAACCAUGUCGUCCAUGGAGUUCUGGGGUGUUGAAGUCAAGGCUGGUGAGCCCCUUAAAGUGGAACCCAAAGACUUCUGCAUGAUCCAUCUAUCUCAGGCAGCCCUUGGCGAGUCAAAGAAAGGAAAUGAAUCUGUUCCCCUUUUUGUUAAAUUCGAUGAAAAGAAGCUUGUGUUGGGGACUCUUUCUCCGGAAAACAUUCCUCAGUUGUCUUUUGAUUUAGUUUUUGAGAAAGAGUUUGAGCUCUCUCACAACUGGAAAAAGGGGAGUGUUUUCUUCUGUGGCUACCAAGUUAUUCCUGAUGAUGAUGCUUCUGAUUUUUCUGGUGAUGAAGAGGAUUUUGAAUUUGCGAAAGCUGAUAUUAUGAAAGCUGCUACCGCUAAGGAUAAAGCUGCCAAACCUGAAAAACCAAAGGCUACUCUUGUAGAGCCAAGCAUAGAUGAUGAUGAGGAUGAUUCUGACGAGGAUGAUUCUGACGAGGAUGGUGAUUCUGAAGAGGGUAUGUCUCUUGAUGAAGAUUCAGAUGAUGAAUCUGAUAGUGAAGAUGAAGAGACCCCUAAGAAGGCUGAAACCAGCAAGAAGAGGGCUACUGAUUCGGCAACAAAGACACCAGUGUCCUCAAAGAAGGCAAAAACAGCUACUCCUCUAAAGACAGAUGCUAAGAAGGCCGGGCAAGUUACUCCUCACCCUGCAAAGGGAAAAGCUGCAGCCAAUGGCAACAGCUCCAAGUCCCCAAAAUCUGGCGGCAAUUUCUCUUGCAAAUCCUGUGACAAGGCAUUUGGCACUGAUGGUGCUCUGAAGUCUCACUCACAAGCCAAGCAUGGUGCCAAGUGAAACGACUACUAAUUUAUAGACGAUAUCUCAUUGAAAGAACCAUGCUAUAGGGUUUUAGUAGUUAUAUGAGAGGUUUAUGUUAGUAACUCAUUUUGAAAUUUUGUUAGAAAUCUACAUUUGAACAAAUAUUUUUUAUGCAUUAUGUUUUGAGUUAAAUGAAAUGGUUGUGAUGUGUUCAUUACUA